AUGCCAAAAAAUCCAGCUGAUCUACAACUUGAGAAUUUUAAAAAUUCUCAAAGUAAUCAAGAACGAUUAACAACAUCAUAUGGUGCACCUAUUGGAAAUAAAUUGGCAUCUCUUACAGUUGGAAAACGUGGAUUAAUGUUGAUGCAAGAUGUUGUCUAUAUGGAUGAAAUGGCACAUUUUGAUAGAGAACGUAUACCAGAACGUGUUGUUCAUGCUAAAGGUGCUGGAGCACAUGGUUAUCUUGAAAUAACUAAUGAUAUAACAAAAUAUUGUAAAGCUGAUAUAUUUAGUAAUGUCGGAAAGAAGACACCAUUAUUUGUACGUUUUUCAACAGUUGGUGGAGAGUUAGGUUCAGCUGACACAGUAAGAGAUCCUCGUGGCUUUGCUAUUAAAUUUUAUACAGAAGAAGGUAAUUGGGAUUUAGUUGGAAAUAAUACACCAAUUUUCUUUAUUCGUGAUCCAAUUUUUUUCCCAAGUUUUAUUCAUACACAAAAGCGUAAUCCUCAGACACAUCUUAAAGAUCCAACAGCUAUGUGGGAUUUUUGGGGUCAUAGACCUGAAUCUAUUCAUCAAGUUAUGAUUCUUAUGUCAGAUCGUGGUAUACCUGAUGGUUAUAGACAUAUGAAUGGUUAUGGUUCACAUACCUUUAAAUUAGUUAAUAAUGAUAAUCAAGCAGUUUAUUGUAAAUUUCAUUUUAAAACUAAUCAAGGAAUUAAAAAUUUACCUGUUGAUGUUGCUGGUAAAUUAGCAAGUGAAGAUCCUGAUUAUAGUAUUAGAGAUUUAUUUAAUGCAAUUGAAAAUGGAGAUUACCCAUCAUGGAAUUUUUAUAUUCAAGUUAUGACUUUUGAGGAAGCUGAAAAAUGUCCAUUCAAUCCAUUUGAUGUUACAAAAGUAUGGUCCCAUAAAGAUUAUCCACUUAUUCCAGUAGGAAAAAUGGUUCUUAAUCGUAAUCCAAAAAAUUAUUUUGCUGAAGUUGAACAGUCAGCCUUUUGUCCAGCUCAUGUUGUACCAGGAAUUGAAUUUUCACCAGAUCGUAUGUUACAAGGAAGAAUUUUUUCAUAUACUGAUACACAUUUUCAUAGACUUGGACCAAAUUAUAAUCAAUUACCAAUUAAUUGUCCAUUUAGAAGUCGCCCCUACAAUAUGCAAAGAGAUGGAAAUAUGGCUGUUUAUAAUCAAGAUUCUUCACCUAAUUAUCAUCCAAAUUCAUUUAAAGGUGCUACUGAAAAUAAAAAAUAUGUAGAAUCAAAAUUCCAUAUUUCUGGUGAUGUUGGUAGAUAUGAUGAUGGUGAUGAGGACAAUUUUUCACAACCUGCUAUCUUCUGGAACAAAGUUUUAGAUGAAGAAGGUAGAAAAAGACUUAUUAAUAAUAUUGCAGGAACAAUGAAAGGUGUUAAUGAGGCUGUAGUUAAUAGAGCUAUUGCUAACUUUGCUAAAGUUGAUAAAAGAAUGGGAGAAAUGCUUAGAAUGGCUGUUGAUAAAAUUAAUGCUAAUAUAAGAAUUAAAUCUAACAUUUGA